ACAAAUGAAGAAACUUGCACACCAAACCUCACAAUAUAUAAAGCCCUCCCAAUCAUGUAAAGUGCUAUAAGUUAUCUCUAAUCCACAACUCUCACCAACCAUUUCCUUUCAUCUACACAUUUGCUAUUCUAUUUUCUCAUUCAACAGGAUCUAACAUGUUUAGAUCCACUAGCACUAGAGGACCUGCCAAGUAUGAGAGAUUAGAAAAAGAACAUGCUGACAAUGGAACUUCAAAUGAGGAGUUUAAGAGGAGCACAAGUUUGCCUUCUCGGGCUAUGGGUUCAACCUUUGGAGACAUCAAUCUACACAGAAACCCCACAAAAAAAGCCAAUAGUAAACCCAAGGAGAAGAAGAGUCACCCACUCUUCAGCUUCUUUGAUCUUCGCCGGAAGAAGAAAACAACAGCUAGGCCUGAAUUUGCGAGGUAUCUUGAGUAUGUGAAAGAAGGAGGCAUGUGGGAUUUGAAUUCCAAUAAACCUGUCAUGUAUUACAAGUGAUAAGAUGUAGAGCAAAAUGUAAGUGUGAUUUUGUUCUUGAUCAUUAAUAUAUAUAGAUGAAUCAAUUGCAAACAUCAAGUUCAUCUUCCUAUUGCUUCCAGUUGGAUUUGAUGACAUAAAUUUAUGACUUAACAUAUAUAUUGAAUUCUUAGAGGCCUAAAGACACUGCCAUAUACAACGUUAUUCCUCUUGUCACCUUUUCUGAAAGUUGAUUAGAGAUAUAUGGUUUAUGUGUUAGUGUUGCACCUCUUAAUAUCA